AUUGUUCGGUCCGUUUCUUUCUUGCUUUCCCCACUAGAGUCCCUAUCUCUCUCUCUCUCUCCCCAAUUAUUUUAUGUGUGUUCCAAACAUCAACUCCUAAACAAAACCAGUUCUGGUUUUUUGAGUUUCAGUUUAAGCUUAGCUUAUCAGUUAUCACCCCACUAGUCUUUGAAAUGCGCCUCCACACAACCUUUCAAGCUUCUGUCUUUUUAGCCAAUGACCCAAUGUUCCAUUUCCUCAGCUUAGUUGUUUUCUAAAAGUCUUUGGGUGGUGGGCUUAUCUAUAUGGAUUUUGGGGUGGUGGGUUUGGAUGGGUUGGUGGGUUCAGAAGCUACUGGUUUUUCUUCACUUGCUUCGGAUCCUGAGACAAAGCAGAACUGGUACGGAUCUGGGCUGUUUAAGCAAGAGAGAUCUGGCAACUCUGAAGAUGACUGGAGGAGCUCAAAGCUGCUUAAAACUGAUGACUUUGUUGCCUCCAAGACAAUGCAACUUCAGCACAGAAACACUUUACUGAGAUCUAAUUACACUACUCUCUACUCUGAUGGUCAGCAACAACAACAGCAAAUGCUGAGCUUCUCUAGUCCCAAAUCAGAAUCUUUUUUAGCUGAAAAGAAUUCUCACAAUGCCACAUUAUUGCCUUAUUUUCAUCAGUCAUUAUCAGGUUAUGGUAAAAAUACAGGCUAUAGUUCUGGGAGCUUGAAUGGUACAAGCAUGCAUGGGGCUUUAGCAGGAGCUAGAGGGCCAUUCACUCCAUCUCAAUGGAUGGAGCUAGAACACCAGGCCUUGAUCUACAAAUACUUGACUGCAAAUAUGCCUGUACCAUCUAACUUGCUCAUCCCCAUUAGAAAAGCCCUUGAUUCUGCUGGGUUCUCUAGCUUUCCAGGGGGACUUCUAAGACCCAAUACAUUGGGAUGGGGUUCUUUCCAUCUUGGAUUCUCCAACAACACCGAUCCUGAGCCCGGAAGGUGUCGUAGGACUGAUGGUAAGAAAUGGCGGUGCUCUAGAGAUGCUGUUGCCGACCAGAAAUAUUGUGAAAGGCACAUGAACAGAGGCCGCCAUCGUUCAAGAAAGCCUGUGGAAGGCCAAACCGGCCAUGCCGUUUCCGGGACCCCAACUACUACUGCCACUACAAGCACUAGCACUAGUAGCACUAUCUCAAAGCUGAGUCCUAUUGCAUCAUCCUCAUCAGCUUCAGUGGUGGUGUCCGGUGGUGCAUCUAAUAGCCUUGCUAUUGCUGCUCACCAACAGCUCAAGAACUUGCAGCCUGGUGCAUCUAAUCCUUCUGCAGCCACCACCAUCAACAGGAUGUUUAUUAACAAAGAUAAUGUGGGUGAGAGAAUGCAAGAUACACCUGGCCUCUCCAUUCUAUCUUCCUCCAUUGACCAUAAACCUAAAGAAAACUCAUUCAUGAUUCAAAAACAGCAAAUACCAUAUGAAGAAUCCACUAGAACUGAGUUUGGGUUAGUCACUUCUGAUGCCCUCCUCAACCCUUCUAAUAAAAGCUCCAGCUUAAUGAACUGUUCGUCAAAAGAGCUUAGUGAUAGAAGAACCGAAUCACAACAAUCUCUUCGCCAUUUCAUUGAUGACUGGCCUAAAAUUCAAUCUGAUCGCUCAGCUGUUUCCUGGCCUGAGCUUGACAUGCAAUCAGAUAGGACCCAACUAUCCAUUUCAAUCCCCAUGGCUUCCUCAGACUUCAUCUCAUCCACUUCCUCUCCCAGCUCCAAUGAGAAACUCACUCUCUCACCACUCAGACUCUCACGUGAGUUAGACCCAGUAAGGAUGGGUUUGGGAGUGAGUAGUGUCAUCAAUGAGCCGAACCAAAGGCAAACAAAUUGGAUUCCUAUCUCUUGGGAAACUUCCAUGGGUGGUCCUCUUGGAGAGGUUUUGCAUCAUAGUAAUAACAACGUGGUGGAUUGCAAGAGAUCAUCUGCGCUUAACCUUAUGACUGCGGGUUGGGACAGUAGUCCUCCUUUAGGAUCAUCUCCAACUGGUGUGUUACAGAAAACCACAUUUGGGUCUCUCUCUAACAGCAGUGCAGGAAGUAGCCCAAGAGCUGACAACCACAGGACUGUUGAAGGGGCUAGCCUCUGUAAUGACCUCCUUGGCUCAACUCUUGUGAAUUCAUCAUCAUCAUUGCCGGCCUUGUAGCCACUUGACCAGCCAACUAAGGAGCUACUAGGUGAUGCAUGAAAAAUGAGUUGAACAUUGUAAGAGUUAGUUUUUGGAGUUCCAUUUAGUCUGUUAAUCCUUUUUUAAUUUGGUAAUCGGUUUUAUCUUUCCACCUCACGAUUUGUGUAAGUGAGGGUUACUUGUUUUUUAUUUCGAGAAUCUUUUAUUUAUUUUUGUUAUCUUUCUGUGCACAUGUUUAGUAAUAUUGUGUUUGUUUA